CAAUUACUUUGCAAAAGCCAUUCUCCAAUGCUGGAGAACGGUGCUUCAACACCUUCAUCGUUGCUCGAGCAAGGCUUUCCGCGAGCCUCAAACUCUCAGCCUUGGAUCUGAAUCCUCCCACGUGACCACUCUGGCUUCUAGCCUUGCGGUCGUCAUACCAAACUGCAUCAGUCCUCGAGUGAGCACCGUGUUAUCCCUACCUACGGAUAGACUUCUACGUUUGCGCCUACGAUGCUACCCUCGCAGUCGACUAUAUUGUAAUCAUUCAGCAUGUCCCAACAGCCAGGCGCCACGCAUCCCCCGACAAGUACUCGCCCACCGAUCUCCCGCACCCGCUCUCAUACCGACCCAUCCAAGCCGAACCCGAACCCAUCACCCACUGAACCUCAGACAGCGGGCCCAACCCUCCAACCUGCACGCCCACCUCACGUCCGCUCGCAAUCCUAUCUCUCUCCUGCAGAGAUCAAGCCGCGCAAUGCGCACACUCUGCCCACGCAGUCCGCUCUCGAACGCACAGCGGAACGCCUGCACCGCGUGCAUAUCCCGGGCUCCUCGCAUCUCCACCACCACCGGCAUGGCGGCCACCACCAGCACUCCCGCUCCCAUUCGCACUCGAGGACCAGCAUCAGCCACUCCACCGACCCGGCCAGCAGUCACAAGCGCCACCGCCCAACCCAGUCCGAAGCCCUGCAGCGUACGUCGUCCUUCCGGAAGCCGCAAUCCAAACAGUCCAAAGAAACCCUCCCGCACCUAGUUGCGGGUCUGAACGCGGAGCGCGAGAAACGCACACACCUCCACCAUACCAAUACGAACACCAGUCUUCAUCAUCCCACUAGCGGCAAUGCCACCGCCAACAAUUCUUCCACCACAAACGUGAAUGGAGCUGUGGGCAGGCACGCUUUUGGCCCCAGCACAUCCCAAACGUCCGACUACACCGACGGCGGCCGGUACGACCCUCGCCUGCGCGCUGUAUCCGAUCCUCACCGGGCGGCCGCUGCCGCCGCCCCUCUCCGACCGAAGUCGUCUUUCGAACAAGCGUUGGAAAGAGGCGACCAAGCGCGCAUUGCACGCCGGAUCCACGUUAGGAAGGAGGACAUUGUCCGUCGUGACGCGGAAAUCGCGGCCGCGGAAGACGAAAUGCGUAGCCGUAUCGCCACUAUCACGGCCAAGGGCGUCGAGAUCACGAGGAGAUUGGACUACGGAUACUACAACUUGCUCGAGACACUGGGCAGUCUAGUCGCGACGAUUACGAGUUUCCAAUCGCUCAGCAAGCAGACGGGACAAUUGAUCAGUAACUUUGACAAGGAGAGCGAAAGGCUGGAUUCGGAUACGCGGAGAAGAGUGCAGGCGUUCAAACGUGACUUUGACAGGAGGAGGGCGAAGGCCGAGGAGAUGCAGGAACGAGGGCGGAGGGUGAAUGAACGCGCGGAGGAUUUGAGUCUAAGGCUCGAGAAUGCGAGGCAGAUCGUCGAGAAUUGGGAGCGGCGCGAGGAUGAGGUACGCAAGGUCUGGGGCCGCGUUGGACGUGUGGUUGCGUGGCUUACCGUGGCCGUCGUGGUCGUUGUCGUGGGUGUCGUGGUAGGGAAGGAGUGGUGGUUCAGGGGGGAUCCGGUUCGCGCGGGGCUCAGAGGCCAUUCAGAAGGGAGUUGGAAUAAAACCCUCCGGUUGGGAGGAGGGGAGGGGAGUACUGCGAGACAGAAUGAGCAGGAGGUUUUGGAAGGGGUGGCGAGGGUGCCCGAGGAUGUUAGACGGUUGUUGGUGGGCAUUGCGGAUCGCAAUAGGGAGAGAAAAGUCAUGUUUCCAGAGGUGCCGGUGGAGAUGAAGGAAAGAAGAGCGGAUGGGCCAGAAGGAGAGGAUCCGAGAAUGAGAGUGUUGGAUGAGCUGUGAUGUCCCUUUGAGCUGUGCAGUGCCUGACGACGAGCUGAACGGGACAGGACAGGGCUGUGGGAAGAAAUCCGCCUUGUAUACAGGGCAGUGUUGUCUAUCAUUUUGUCAAUUAUGCGAGAGAUACCCCUUUUUGCGAUGAAUGCAUUGCUUGUUACUCUUAUCAA